UGUGUGUAUGCAUGAGUGUACUAUAUCCAAUCAGAGGGUAAGCAAGUACAGUUAUGUAACAGCCCCUUCCAAGAAAGUUCAACAGCCCCUUCCAAGAAAGUUCGUGAUAGGUAGUUAGUCACCACAUAUCCGGCCCUAUACUUUAUGCUUACAUGCAUGUUUCAAAUUAUAGGGGGAACCUAUACCUCAUCCAAGGAAUUCAGCCACUCCCUCCUCUAGCUCCCAGAUAAUUAUUAUAAAAUCAUGUUUCAGCACAAGAUUUUCAGUUGUAGUUUUUUCUAUUAUACAUUGCUGUUAAAGUACUUUAGACAUGAAGACAUUUGCUUUACUCGCUCUUCUCCUCCCUGCUGUCCUGGCAGCCCAUAUUGACCUCUCCACCUACCCUCUGACCGCUGACCUGAGACCAGCUACAGGGAGCUAUAGGCUGCACUGGAGCGUUGAGGGGCAAAGUAUAAGGUUUGCAGUGAAUGUGAGCACCACUGGAUGGGUUGGACUGGGACUGUCUCCCACUGGAGGAAUGCGUAACUCUGACAUCGUCAUUGGAUGGGUCAACGAUCAAGGACAAGCCUUUUUGCAUGAUCGCUUUGCCACUGGAAGAAGCCUCCCACCAGUUGAUGCCAUGCAAGACUGGAUCCUUGAGGGUGGAGAGCAAGAGAAUGGAUUCACUAUUCUUGCCUUCAGAAGAAAUUUGGUUACUUGUGAUGAACAAUUUGACAAAGACAUCCAGAGUGACACAGCUCGUAUGAUCUUCAGUUGGAAUAACGCUGACCCUGUUGAUGACGACCCUAAUCAAGUGAUGUACCAUGAGACAAACCGUGGAGCAUCCAGUGUUAACCUGUUGGGAGGACAACAAGAAGUGCCUCCUGAUCCGGCUGAUCUGCAAUCCUUUGAUAUCACUGUUAAUAUCACUCUUCCAAGUGAAAGAACUACCUACUGGUGUUCUGCAUUCGAGCUACCUGCAGAAUUGAAAAACAAAACACGCUACAUCACAAAGGUGACACCUGUUAUUCAAGCUGACAAUGAGCUGAAUGUUCAUCAUUUCCUGAUCUACGAGUGCACAAACCUCAAUAGCAACCACAUUGGCUACAGUGCUCCCUGUAAUGCUUUUGGAAAUAGUAGAGAUGCUGCCGUGUCUAGUUGCCGUCGUGGUGGCAACCCUCUAAUUGCUGGAUGGGCUGUUGGAGGAGAUAAAUUUGUAUACCCCGCUGAUGUGGCCUAUCCGGUGGGUGGAGAUGGUAAUCCUCACUUUCUUGUCAUGGAAACUCACUACGACAACCCUGAUCUACGCUCCAAUAUCUCGGAUAGCUCUGGCAUGAAAUUCUUCUACACAAGUACAGAGCGUACUUUUAGUUCGGGUUUUCUAUUUUUGGGGCAUGAUGUCCAUCCAUCCAUGAUUAUACCCCCUGGGGUGCAAGACUACAGAGUGUUUGGAGAGUGCAGCUCUGACUGUACUAGUGCACAUAUUCCAGAGGAGGGUAUCUCUGUUUUUUCCAGCACUCUGCACACCCAUCUUGCUGGUGUGGGGUUGGUCGUUCAUCACAUAAGGAGAAGUGAGACUUGUGGUGAUAAUGGAUGGGAACAGCUAAAGCCAAUCGAUCAGAAUCUGCAGUACGAUUUUAACUUUCAACAAACAGUUCAUCUUCCAGAGAUCAUUAAUGUCAAGCCAGGAGAUAUCCUGCGACUGGAAUGCAUCUACAAUACUACGGACAGAGAUCUUGUCACUUUGGGUGGUGAGAGCACAAUGGAGGAGAUGUGUCUGGUAUUCUUACAGUACUAUCCAAGGAUGGAUCUAACGACUUGUGUUUCAAAGCCUGCACUCAGAGAUCCUCAGGUCUUGCAACCCUUCUUGAAUGACUCACUGACUCCAGAGCAGCAGGAAGCUUUGCUGGAUGGAGCAAGUUCUGGAAACUUUGGAGUAGCUACUGUGAAGAAUGCUCUAAGUAACGUCAGUUGGACAUCCGAUGAAGUUGCUUCCCUGAAAUCUAGUGUUGUCAAUGGACCAGUACAAGAUUUGUGUAUCUCACCAAUGGGUUUUGCGGAAACUUUCCCCAAUGGCCUCCUAGCAGUAGAGUGUGAGUACCAAGCUCCUGACCCUCGGGCUGGUAUCUGUGACAGUACUACUGCUACUACCACUAUUUUUAGUGGAGCUGGAAAUGUGGUCGCUAAUGUACUUAUGGUGGUAGCUAUCACAAUGGGACUGAUGACUCUGAUGGUAUAACUGAAGUUGCUAUAUAAAAGAACAAUCUGACAAUUCAUAUAUGUUGUAUAACUAUAUAAUUAUUAGCUAGACCUAGAAUCUUUCAAGUAAAAACACCGGCAAUAAUUCCUGAAUAACUAUAUUUUUCUAUAGCUAUAAUAUUUCUGUUAUAUACUUGCUAUAAUUAUUAAGUUCUGAAUAGAG